ACCAUUCAACUAUAGGAGGGAAAAUAAAAAAAAGAAGAAAUUAAACCCCGGAAGUAACUGAUUCAAUAAAAAUGAAAAGAAGUGAAAAUAAGCUCUGAAAGACUUGUACAACAGUUCGGAAUACAGCACAUUUAUUUGAUAUGUGUUCACAGUAAGUUGCUGUAUGUGAGCGGUGCAGGAUGGCCAGCUGGAAGGAAAACAGAGUACAGCAAAAAAUUCCUUGCAUCUUUGAGAUCGAGGUAAAGGAUGAAAAUUCGAGAAAAAGAUCGAAUCAGUCAUUCCGAGUUCUGGCUGUGGAUUGUUUGAAUUCAGAAGCAUCCAGCUCCUGCUUGCAAGAUGCGUGGUUGUCAGAAAAGCUGGAUGGGACAUGUUGCUAUGUGUCACCAUUUAAAGGAAAGCCUUGGUUAUGGGCCAGAUAUGACCGUAAACCAAAUAAGAUUGGAGAACGGAAGUUCAAGAAGUAUCAGUCAUUGUUGAACAGUUGGAGAAAAGAUGGCAGAAAUGGAGACAAACCUUCCAUCAGCUGGGAUUUGCUAAAAGACUUCAAGGAAUGCCCAGACAACUGGAUCCCAGCCCUAGGUGUGCCAGUAAAGGAUUCAACGGCCCAGCCUGACGAUGGAGGUCAUACGCCAGGGUGGGUUCCUAUUGACGUGAAGUCUCGACAGCAUUGCUGGCAUCUGUCUGCUGUGGAUCUCAUCCAGUCUUUGGCUCUUGUUCUUAGGGAGAAUGAAGAUGAAGGUUUAACAGUGGAGUGUUUGCCACUCAGUGAUCUACUUGGUCAAACAGUAGAGCUGAUUGGAACUAACAUCAACGGAAAUCCAUAUCAUAUCGGUACGAAACCCCAGCCGAUCCACGUGUUGGUGAAACACGGAUCUAUCAGUGUAUCGUGUCCACCCGUCCCUCAACUCUCAACUCUCACUGACUGGCUACAACAUGCACAAGAUGGCCAGGUGGAAGGAGUGGUGUGGCACUGUCAGAACGGAAAAUUAUUUAAGCUUCAUAGAAAUCACGUGAACCUGAUGUGGCCAGCUGCCAACCCUCGCCUUGCCAGACAGACCGUACAAGUCUGUGUGGACCCGGCCCAGUUUGAACUUCCCGAUGACAGAUCUUUGUUUCCAGCAUUCUCCUCAGUCAAUGGACGGUCAUGCGACUCAUUGAAAAACUUACACGAACUUGUAUUUCAUAAUUCAUAGCAGGACCUGCUUACCGUGUUAUUUCAAAAGGUCAUUUCAUACACAGUACGGUCUUAUACAGGUUAUAAUGGUUAAAACUGGUCUUUAGUAUACAUUUAAUAUACAUUUAAUAUUUAACAAUUUAGAUUACAUCAGUUUUCAUAUUCUUCACAUGAUGCACCAUUCUUCAAUUUUGUUUAUGAUCCAGGCUGCAGUUCAGGUUUAAAUAGCCAUUAUUGAAGUGACAGACCCUAGUUUUUAAACACUAAAGCAUAUUUUUCACUGUAAGAGCCAUUUUUGAUAAUUAAAAGCGGACAAUAUUUAUAUUUUAUUAUUCAUUUCUGUACAUCCAAUGCGUUUCUAGUCGUGCAUUUUUCAUAUUUAAAAACACAUAUACUUCCGAGAAGCAAUGGUUACGGAGACGAGUUCUAGUCUGUUUUAAGGGUAUGGGUAUAUCACCGACACUUGUUUUACUCUUAUUAUAACUUUAUCUCAACGUGUUACAGGUUCUGCAACUUGAAUUGAUAAGGACACAUACCUGUUUAUUAACACUGUGGUUCUGUUUGUAUUAUGCUUUAGUAAAAGAUAUGUGAUAGAGAAGAGACUGCAGUUUAAAACAUGUCUUUGGUGUAAUAAAGCUGUUACGGUU